UUCCUUGGUCUACGCACGGCGCCUAAGCGCUUGUAGGCGUUUCGGAACGGGAGGGGGAGUGUCUCGCCCGCGCGACCGACUACUCCAAUCCUGUCGCUGACGCCAUGGAGGAGUACGCUCGCGAACCUUGCCCAUGGCGAAUUGUGGAUGAUUGCGGUGGAGCCUUCACCAUGGGUGUCAUUGGUGGUGGAGUCUUCCAGGCUAUCAAGGGCUUCCGAAAUGCCCCUGUUGGAAUUCGACACCGGUUCAGAGGUAGUGUCAAUGCUGUGAGGAUCCGAGCACCCCAGAUUGGAGGUAGCUUUGCAGUGUGGGGAGGUCUGUUUUCCACCAUCGACUGUGGUCUGGUCCGGCUGCGGGGCAAAGAAGACCCCUGGAACUCCAUCACCAGUGGAGCAUUGACUGGAGCUGUGCUGGCUGCGCGCAGUGGUCCGCUGGCCAUGGUGGGCUCUGCGAUGAUGGGGGGCAUCCUGUUGGCCCUCAUUGAGGGUGUUGGCAUCCUUCUCACCCGCUAUACUGCCCAGCAGUUCCGCAAUGCACCCCCAUUCUUGGAGGACCCGAGCCAGCUAGCCCCUAAAGAGGGAGCUCCAUCCCCAGGUUAUUCCAACUAUCAGCAGUACCACUGAAGAAACCGCUGCCUGUCCCUGCCACCGUGGGAGCCGCUCCUCAGUUCCCUCCCGGAUGAUCUACCUCCAAGGGAGGACUGGUUCCUACAUAGCCCUGAGACCUUCACAGAGGGCCGCUAUUCUACUCUGUUUUGUGGUAGGGGUGGGGACACCCAGCAGCCUUGUCACAUGGGUUCCCUCUUUGUGUCUCAGGGCAUCCCAGCUUCACACAUGUAACAAUUCUCUCACCCCAGAUCCCUCGUGUGGCACCCUGAUGAAUGUUUAAAGCCAGUUUUGAAAUGUC